CGCGCACAGCGGCUGACAAAUAGCUCCUUACCUCCGCUGCUGAGACACAGUAAAGGGGGGGCAUGAACACGGCCGGGAUCGAAUCUUUUGUUUCUACGAUUCUACUCUCGGAUCCAGAUCUCUUCACACCAAAGAAGCGCAUCUCAACGAGAGACGUCUAAUGCGUAAAACCCCAAAAAGACGCACAGACGCGCAGAGAAAUCGGCGACCUGUACCUGAAGUUUUGCUCGUCCAAAAGGAUAACUUGAUUCACAGUCGUGAUCUCCGGACUAGAGAGGCACUACAGCGGGAAUAUGACAUUUGGUUUGGGCCACUGAAGGAGAGUUAGUCGGUGUUCGCGCUUGGUGUCCGUUGAAGUGACCGCAAAGCCACAUUAUGCAGCAUCAUUUGGACAUGGGAGCGCAUUAUUAUCCUCCGGAAGUUUAUCCCGACCACAGGACUCAUCGCUACAGGAGUUUCAUGAUAGAGGAGAUCCUGACUGAUCACCCGGAGCACAAAGUAUCGGCUCCGGCAGGAGAGUUUCUUAAAUUCGGGGUACAUGCGCUCCUGUCCACGCGACCUUUCCAUAACCAACUCGUGCUAAAAGCGGACCAGACGAGCCUCUUGAAGUUCCCCAUCUCCCCGCUGUCCUGCUCCCUGAGCUCCCCGCUCGGCUCCCCGCUGCUGUCCGCGGCUCAGGGCCUGCAGAUCGGCGCGGCGUCCCACCACCUGCCGCUGGACCUGCACCUCCGCGGGAAGCUGGAGCACGGCGUCGACGGGGGCAGCAAGACCAAGAAGGGCCGCCGGAGCCGCACCGUGUUCACCGAGCUGCAGCUCAUGGGCCUGGAGAAACGCUUCGAGAAGCAGAAGUAUCUCUCCACACCUGACAGAAUAGACCUCGCUGAGUCUCUGGGCCUCAGUCAGCUUCAGGUGAAAACAUGGUACCAGAACAGGAGGAUGAAAUGGAAGAAGAUUGUUCUGCAGGGAGGAGGCCUGGAGUCUCCGACUAAACCAAAAGGUCGUCCAAAGAAGAACUCCAUCCCCAGCAGCGAGCAGCUCUCUGAACAGGAGAGAUCCGCCACCGACGCCGACCCAGAAGGCUCCAGCUCCCAGUCAGAGAGCACUCAGGAGGAGUGACCCGGACCAGGACUCGGGGACUCUUAGCUUGUGUCUCUUCUGGACUCUUCCAAAAGAGCAUUUAAGAGGAUGCUCCUGAAGCUGGACUGUCUUGUGCACGGCCUGUAGAGACUCUCAGGCCCUGCAGAGAGCUGAACUGUAACAGCCGUGUGUGUCUGUGUCGUAGCCCUCCCUGCAUUCCCUCAUGAUGAACUUGUCGCUGUUGAGGAGGGAACUCGAAACUUUGCAGUAGGUCUAAACCUUUAUAUUCUAAAGAUCCACUCUCACUCAUCUGGUUUGCAUUUCUCUUGUGUACCUGUGCUAUGUUUAAUUAUUAAAUAUAUUUUCACUAA